ACGCCAAUCUUCAUCACUAUUAUGUUAGGUGAUUGUAGCUUCAAAUAUGAAUGUGGCGCUAGUCAACGUUGCUGACACUCGAUAAGUAGCUAUCUGCAAUUGACUGAAAGUUGGUAGAAACCAUUCUUGUCAUCAUGACACCAAAAUGUGAAGCAUUUUGAAUACCACAAUAAGAGAUAUGACUUCCAUAGACGUAUCAAUCGAUGCUGUGAGAUGCAUGUUGACGCUACGUGAGUUUUGCUUUAGUCACAUACAGUGGAACAACAUAAACGGUGGUGAUAACGUUUGACAUACAUCUCUACGUAAAAACCGAAAUAAAUACGAUGACCAUAAGGAGAUAGCUGAAAAAGCAGUUUAGAUAUUCUCUGUAGUCACAAUUUUAGCGACGAGAUAACUUCUAAGUACCAAAUUUCUCAAAUAUCCAAACAGUAUGAAGCACAAUAAAUGGAGGUCUUCCACCUUUCGGAAAGUUAAGUCACUAAUAAAUCUCCUCCUAUAUCUGGUAACCCCGAAUCCUUUUCCUUUCUUUUCAAUUUAUCAUGAAUCAUUUGAAAAUGGGAUCUGUCAAACGUCAAAAUCAUUCCACUGUCCUUGGGUGAACUGUCUGCAAUAGAAGAUUCAGUGAAUUCAAACAACGGAAUAAAAGUGCCUUUUCAAAAGAGCAGAAGACAAUUUGUGUGGGAGGUAAUCGAUGAAUUUUGAAGGCUGUUCAUUCAUCGCUUUCUAAUUAUUCAAAGAUUUUUUUCAUAGUCAUGUUUCAGAUUUCAUUUGUAUGGGAGAUUUCCGCUGUAGUGCUGCUUAUAUGUCUAGGGACGAUUAUUCAACUGCAGAUACUUUUAAGACCACAAGUGCAGUUCGUGUAUCCUUUCAAUUACAUCAUCUUGACAACUUCUACAAUCAUCAUUUCAUUUGUCGCUGCUCUACCACUGAUCAAUAUGGAAACCUGGAUGAUGCCUGUCACAUGGAUGAUUACCAUGGUCAUCACAGUGAUUGCAAUGACUUCCAGUGCCUUCCAAAGAUUUGAUAUGCUUAAGAGUCUGAGGAAGCUGGUAUUCACCACAUUCCUCGUGCAAAUAUUCUAUUGUGUAAUAUUCUUCCCUUUCAUUCAUUUCCAACAGAUCGACAUACUCAUAAUUCUGAGUGGUUUCGGCAUGGUGAGCACAAUUAUAUGGGAGAUGGCAUGCGUUGUUCAAGCUGUCCUUGGUGACAGGAGUUUCACUUUUCAAGAUAAUCAAUACAUACUUUGUGCUUCGAUAAUUACCAUGUUAAUUAUCUGGCUGCAGCUGAUAGUUUCAACAGCGGCGGCGAUCAUCCUCGUGUUAAUAAAUAGUAUGGAUAAUGUAAAGAGUGUUGCUCCAUCAGUUACAUCUAUCCAUACACACCUAUAAAAUAGAUGAGAUAUUCAUUUCAAUUACGUGGUUGAUGAAAACUUUCCAUGUGGUAAUGUUAACAUUUUAUUGAGAACAGUAUUAUUAUUACAUGAUAAAUUCACUGUGAAUCUUAUGUGUCUUAAAUCAACUCGAAGCAAACAUCGAUUUCCAAAACAACUGAUUUCUUAACUCACAAUAAAUGAAGCGAAAGCAGUAUCAGUUUAUCAACUGAACUCCAUUCAACAUAAAUCAGAUAUCAGUCAGAAACUUUCCAUACCUUUAUUCCUUAUUACUGAAUUGAUGGCUGUCUGCCAGAAGCUGGUCAAGGUGUUGCUGUGGGAUGUCUUUGAUUACUUCAGAUUGGCUUAGCGUGCAUCGUCGGGAUGAGUAUUAAAGGUUGCUGAUUGCUUAUACUACAAACUUGACAGAUGAGAAUGAGUUGGCAUUUAGAACUAUGGACUAACUAUUGAACAUUAGCUAUCGAAAUAGCAAUUCGUCAAGUCCAAGUCAUCAUAAUUUUAUGAGAAGUAAAGCAAAAUGGUCCAGGAAAGAUAAUUUCAUUUAUUGACGAAAUCAUCUUUAGGAACUGUAGCGUCG